CGUGUUUGUUUUUCGGGCGGAUGCUCCACGUCUUGUUCCGCCUGUGAAAUCUGCACGAAUGUCCGAGAGCCGGGGCCCCUCCGCGUGUACCGCCGGGCCUCUGGCUGCUACCGAGGGGCCACAAGAUUUUUGUGGCUUUUAUGGAGGUCAGAGGUCACCCCCCUCUCACUGAUCUGUGCUAGGCGUCAUCUAAUCCGCUCGGGCGUCCUAUACAAGGUACAGUAUGGAAACCCUAUUGGAGUCAGCAUCUUCUAUGGAGCCCCCCAUGCCUGAGGACCCCCCAGCUAAUGUGACUGAUCAGUGUUACAGCGCACGCUCGCACAGCACGGUCCUACAAGGACUGCCCUUCGGAGGGAUUCCGACCGUCCUGGCUAUUAACUUCUUAGUGUGGCUGCUGCUGCUGCUGGUCUUCUCGUGUCUGAGGAAGGCGGCCUGGGACUAUGGGCGUCUGGCGCUGCUGAUAGACAAUGACAGCCCGGCCAUGCGACGCAGAUGGACCUCAUAUGACCUGACCUCUCUCUUCUAUGGAGAGCCCAGUGACAAGGAGAAGUCGCCCUGUGAGACGAGUCCCUCAGACCUAAACAGUAAAGACCAGGGCUUCUGCUCCUGGCUUACCUCUAUCUAUCAGAUGAAGGAUGAGGAGAUCCAGAGUAAAUGCGGGGUGGACGCCAUCACCUACCUGUCCUAUCAGCGCCACCUGCUGGUGCUGCUGCUCUUCGUCUGUGUCCUCUCCGUCUCCAUCAUCUUACCAGUCAAUUUCUCUGGGGAUUUGUUGGGUGACGGUCCGGCCCAGUUUGGACGCACGACAAUUGUGAAUGUUCCCACCCAGGACCGUUUCCUGUGGCUGCACAGUGUAUUCGCGCUGCUGUACUUCCUGCUGACCGUCCUGUGCAUGCGCCAUCACUCCGCCUCAAUACACUACAGAGAGGACGACAAGGUGGCUCGGACCCUCAUGGUGACGCACAUUCCUCAGCAGAUCUCUGACCCCUCUCUCCUCACCAAACAUUUCCACGAGGCGUAUCCCAGCUGCACAGUCACUGACGUCCAGUUCACUUAUAAUGUUCGCAGACUGAUGAAGCUGGACACCGAAAGGCGGCGAGCCAUGAAAGGUCGUCUGUACUUUGCUGGAAGAUCACAGAAAGAAGGAAGAAUCCUGAUUCCAACCCACCCGUGUGCCCGGCUCUGCCCCUGUGACUGCUGCGGCUUCCAGAAGGUAGAUGCGGAGCAGUAUUACGCGGAGCUGGAGGAGAAGCUGACCGAUGAGUUCACGGCUGAGAGGAACCGCGUUCCGCUGAAGAGGCUGGGCACGGCGUUUGUCACCUUCCAGGACGAGAGGAUGACUGCGGUGAUCAUCCAGGACUACAGCCGGCCGCGAUGUAGACGAGCGCCCCAGCAGUCCUCCGUCACCCCAAUUCUCCAUUCUCACCAGUGGGGUGUGCGCUACGCUCCUGCGCCCAGUGAUGUGAUCUGGGAGAACCUGGCGGUGUCCGGGCCCACGUGGUGGCUGCGGCUCGUGGCUCUGAACUUGGCCCUGUUCAUCCUGCUCUUCUUCCUGACCACACCGGCCGUCGUAGUCAGCACCAUGGACCGAUUCAACGUCACCCGUCCUGUGGAGAACCUACAGAACCCGGUCAUCACCCAGUUCCUGCCCACGCUGCUGCUGUGGAUCUUCUCCGUGUGCCUGCCCUUCCUGGUCUAUUAUUCCGCCUUCUUGGAAUGUCACUGGACGAGGUCUAAUGAGAACCAGCUGACGAUGCACAAGUGUUACCUGUUCCUGGUCUUCAUGGUUAUCGUACUGCCCUCUCUAGGGCUGACCAGCUUGGAUCUCUUCUUCCGAUGGCUUUUUGAUAUCCAUUUCGUGGAUUCUGCAAACCUGAAGUUCCAGUGUGUGUUUCUGCCAAACAAUGGGGCAUUCUUUGUGAACUACGUCAUCACGGCCGGCCUGAUAGGCACAGCGAUGGAGUUACUGCGCAUCCCCGGCCUCACCGUCUACGCAACGCGUCUGUGCUUGGCCAAGUCCGCUCCUGAGCGCCUCCAUGUGAAGCGGAGUCAGGCCUAUGAGUUCCAGUUCGGACUGGAGUACGCCUGGACCACGUGCGUCUUCUCUGUGGUGAUGACCUACAGCAUCACUUGUCCCAUCAUCGCCCCCUUUGGAUUGCUGUAUCUGCUGCUGAAGCACAUGACGGACCGCUACAACAUCUACUACGCCUACAUCCCCACCAAGCUGAGCCCCCGCCUGCACGCCGCCGCCGCCCGCCAGCUGCUCGCCGCUCCAAUCUUCUGCAUCUUCUGGCUGCUGUUCUUCUCUGUCCUGCGGCUGGGGUCCACUCACCCGGUCACACUCUUCACGUUCGCCUCUCUUCUCUGCUGCGUGCUCUUCUCCAUCCUUGGGCUUUGUCUCAGAAAAUUGCAACCAAAGAGACCAUCAAGCUAUCAGAUGUCAGAACAGGGGGAGGGGAUCAUCCAGGACACAGAGAGCAGCAGUAUAUCGUCCACGCUGCAGUCCACGGUCUUUGUGGCCGCCGUGUUACAGGAGCAGGAGCUGUCCCCUCUGGGCUCCCCGGCCCACGCCUCGUACGGUGCGCUGGAGACCCGCGCGGACAGCCCGUCAGAAACGCCAGAAGCUGAGCGCUCACAGGUCACCUACAUGACGGGGACAUCCUGCACCGAGGAGGGCUCCCCCUGACACCCCGCCGAUGGAGGUCAGAGGUCAAACAUGGCCACCAUGGACGGUUGAGUCUCUGUGACGCGCGGUCUGUAGAGCAGCUGCAUUGUGGGCAUCGGGCCCCCGCCAAAAUGAUCUGGGCCCCGACCAGUGUAAGGUGCCCUCAUGUGGCAGAUAAGGUAAAGGGGUGUGGCUAAUCCUUGAGGCCCCUCCCAUUGUACCGCUGUGUUCCCUGGCUCCAGUUUGCAUGGCGACCGCGCCAUUUUCAUCAAAAGAAACUCAUUAAAAACGCUGAAUUUUGCCAAAUAUAUUUUAAAAGAAAAGAGAACCU